ACAAGCCUAUCCUAAAACAGACGCGGAGAGGAUAUAGUCAUGGAAUUGCACAGGAAUACCUACUGAAAAGGAAGAUCCUCUCUCCACUCCUUCGCCUAUGCUUUAUUUUCCGGUGUGUAUCCGGCGCAGGUGAGUUUAACUAGCAGCUGCUUUGACCUGGUUUCCCAGCAACCACUGACAUAAAAACAGCUGCCUUGCCCCUCCUCCAUUCAGGAGGCCAUAGUUGAAGGAGUGGACCCUGACUGCCCUCUUUUUCUGGUAUUCAGGGAGGGGGAACGAGGCGCUAUUAAAUCCACCCAGAGCAUGGGGCAGAAGGUUCCGGGAGGCAUAAAGACUGUGGACAUGCGGGACCCGGCGUUUCGGCCUCUUAAGCUAGACCUGCAGGCCCUGGACUAUACCAAGCCCUCCCGUCUGGAUAUGUUGUUAGAUAUGCCACCAGCAACGCAGGAUGUUCAAGUGCAGCACUCGUGGAACAACGAUGACCGAUCGCUCAACAUAUUUGUUAAAGAGGACAAUAAACUUAUAUUCCACCGGCACCCGGUAGCACAGAGUACAGAUGCUAUCCGGGGCCGGGUGGGUUAUACACGGGGACUACAUGUUUGGGAGAUCAGUUGGGCCAUGCGCCAGCGUGGUACCCAUGCCGUUGUUGGUGUGGCGACUGGAGAGGCCCCAUUGCAUUCUGUAGGAUACACUGCUCUUGUAGGAAACAAUAACGAGUCUUGGGGCUGGGACCUGGGACGCAAUAAUCUCUAUCAUGAUGGCAAGAACCAGCCCAGUAGAACCUAUCCAGCUUUUCUUGAGCCUGAUGAGACCUUUAUUGUCCCAGACUCAUUUCUUGUUGUCCUGGACAUGGACGAGGGGACUCUAAGUUUUAUAGUUGAUGGACAAUAUUUAGGGGUUGCUUUCAGAGGACUCAAAGGAAGAAAGCUAUACCCCGUUGUGAGUGCUGUGUGGGGACACUGUGAAAUCAGAAUUCGGUACAUCAAUGGUCUUGAUCCUGAACCUCUGCCUUUAAUGGACCUCUGUAGGCGCUCUGUGCGGGUGGCAUUGGGGAGAGAGCGACUGUGUGAAAUCCAUGGACUGCCCUUACCUGCCUCCCUUAAGAACUACUUGCUCUACCAAUGAUGAUAGUAGUGCCUUUAACAACUGUAUAAGGCAUAACAUUCGCCUCUGCAUGUCUCUGGGAUUUCUCUUUCUGGCAAGCCUUUUUCAUUACAAUAUUUUUCUGGUUUCGGGGCUAUACUCAAGUCACUGGGUAUGGUACCAAAAAUAUUUUUUACAAAUCAGACCAAGAACACCUCACUAUAAAGUUUGAUGCUUUUACAAUCAAGUGGGAAAUCCUUGAUGCGAGUCUCGAUCUUGCUUCACUGGACAUUAAACUGAAGGCUUCCAGAACCCUGUGGCAGGUACUCGUCUGAAAACAAGAACCCUUGUCCUCUCUGCACAUGGCUUUGUGAAACCAAUGGUUUUUCCAAGGCCUUCUCCUUUUAUAAGUUGUUUUUACUCUGUCCUUGCAUUAGGUUUUUUAAUGAUGUUGGCAUACCUUAAACAUUCUUGUAUCAUGUCAUUAAGGGGUCUAUUUAGAGGCUCUGUUGGCAAUGCAGAUUAUCAAGUCAACACUUUAGGCUUAACAACCAGCAAGUUUAAAUGGGUCUGAUGAUCACAAUGUACCUGGAUAAUAUCUACUCCAUUUGUAUUCAGUUUUUCCUUGUAGUCCUAAUCCUUCCCUGUGCAGUCAGUGUAAUAAAAGGUAAUGGAGUCUACUUCAGUGCAGGGGCUGUGGUCAGCUUUUAAAUGGUUAAAAAAUGUUGACUCACAGCACGCUCCGUGGAAGGCAAUGGCUUCCCCACUCGCUCCUGGAAGUUUAAAAAUAGCCUGCUUUCAGCUGCUAAUCUGACCGUCUGGCCUGGAAAAACAGUCUUUGACAUCUGUCUGUGAUGGGGGUUGAGAGACUAGCAUUCAUGGAAACAACCGAAAGUGUGUAAUGCUGGCUUUUUUUAUCACUCAGUAGUCAACAAGUCUCUCUCCUCUGUUCACACUGCAAUAUCUGAAGUGCCUGGCUUAUGAGACUGGUAUAUUGUUUAGAGAAGCCAUGAAUAUAAGUCUUUUUUUUUUUUUUCUUCCUUAAAAGAUUGAAUCACUGUGAGCCAUGUAGCAUACAUGAAUCAAUAAGAGGCUGUAUAGCUUGCUCUCUUGUAUGGCCCCUGAAUCCUGUGAACACCUACAAAACUUCUGCAAGUUCCUCCUGGUUUUGCCUGUUUUAUUCAUAAAAGGACAGUUUUUUUUUUUUUUUUUUUUUUUUUAAACCUGUUGAAUAUUUGUUGGGGCAUAAAGCAGGGAUCGAGUUAAUCAUAUCCUGAUGUUUAGGAAAAAAGUGAUAAGGAAAUGUUGAUCUUUUGCUCUGCUUUUUUUUUUUUUUUUUAAGAAUUGAUGCAAAGAUGGUAAGAUUGCCAAUUAUUGUCACUGUUUUCCAUGCUAGUCUUUUUAGAUGUAAAUUGUAGUUCAUGUUUGGCAUUCAUUUUGCUAAUCGUGAUGGGGAUAGUUUGGUUCCCCAUUUUAAACCCUUCCUGCCUGCAGACCACCAUUUGCUUUGUAUUCCGUGAUGUAGAUAAUAU